UGUCAGCAGACUAACCUGCAGCUCUGCCAGAGGGACUGCUUAGAAGUCAUUUUCCAAACCAGCUUCUUGUAUACAGCCACAGAUUCAUGAGCUGAAUCAGGCACAUUAAUCAACAGAGACUUUUCUGAGCUGUCUUGUCUUGAGAUGACUACACCUAGUGAUUUGACCAAUGAACAAACAGUCCAGAUGCAGCCUGUUGCUGUGGACUCCACAUGUGUUGAUCUGCCUGCCAGCAUUUUACAUGCAGAGAAGGAAAUGCCAGGCAGAGCGGAGCAGCAACAGAGUCUGAGGGUUUACCUGAGAGUCAGGCCCUUCUCCAAAGAGGAACUUGCUGACAACGAGGACCAGAGUUGUGUAGUGAUUGAAAGCAGACAGACGGUGAUGCUGCAUGCACCAAAAGGGUCUGCAACCAUGAAGAGCAGUGAGAGGGGCAUAGGCCUGCCAAGCCACAAAUUCACGUUCUCUCAGAUUUUUGGACCCGAGACAACACAGGCUGAGCUGUUUCAAGACACCAUCAAGAGCCAAGUGUCCGAGUUCUUGGAUGGAAAAAAUGCACUGAUAUUCAGCUAUGGUGUAACCAAUGCUGGGAAAACAUACACAAUCCUAGGAACUCCCAAAGAGCCAGGUUUAUUGCCACAAGUGCUGGACGCCACCUUCCAGUACAUCGCAGGUCGUCAGUAUGAGGCAAUGGACCUUAAGCCAUACCUGAGGAACGAUGCUCAAUGUCUGGGUCCAGACCAGAUUAAGCAGGAGAGGAGUGCCAAGACUGCCAUUUUUGCUUCAUUCAAAGAAGAUUGUGAUCCUGUCAGAGGCAGUGGUGGUUCAAACUCGUUGUCCUCCCCUGCCAUCGGUCUAUCCUUCUCUUCGUUGUCCUGUGAGCAAACAGUGGUGAGCAGCCCAUUAGGCAGCAGCCAGUUUGCUUUAUGGGUGUCAUACUUUGAAAUCUACAAUGAGAGUGUUUAUGAUCUGCUGCAACCUCCUUUGUGCUCAAAGUCCAAGAAACGAGCUGGUCUUCGUGUGUGUGAAGAUGCUGCUGGAGACACUUAUGUUAGAGAUCUUAAGUGGAUCCAUAUCAAAAACAUGGAGGAAGCCUGCAAACUUCUACGUUUUGGAAACAGAAAUCGAAGUGCUGCAGCCACUAAGAUGAACCAGUCCUCCAGCAGAAGCCACAGCAUAUUCACCAUGAAGUUACUGAAGAUUGAUGGUAGCACAGUGCAGAGAGUCUCAGAGUUUUCUCUGUGUGAUUUGGCUGGCUCGGAAAGAUGCAACAAAACAAACACAUUUGGAGAGAGGCUAAAGGAGGCGGGGAACAUCAACAACUCUCUGCUCAUUUUGGGGAAGUGCAUCACUGCCCUUCGGAACAAUCAGACUGACAGGAUGAAAAACAGCUACAUUCCUUUCCGAGAGAGCAAACUCACCAAGCUCUUCCAGGCUGUUUUCUGUGGAAAAGGAAGAGCUUCCCUGAUUGUCAAUAUCAACCAGUGUGCCUCGACCUAUGACGAGACGCUCCAUGUUAUGAAAUUCUCUGCUGCUGCCAAACAGGUUGUCCAGGUGAUUCCAGCCAAGUCCCUGGAGUCUCUGGCUCCUCGGCUGGUGGGUCGAGACGGCAAGCCUCUGGAGGCCUUGAAGAGCUACCUGUCUGAAGAAGAGCUGCUGGAUGAGGAGGACGAGGCUGACAUGUCCAUUCUGCCACAGAACGAGCUUUUGAAUGUGAUUGAGAGCCUGCGAGCAAAACUACUGGCUGAGCGUCGAAAAAACCUGGUGCAGGAAAUGGAAAUUCGAAAGGAAAUGGGAGACGCCAUGUUACAGCAGCUGAUGGAGAGCGAAGAACUACGCAGUCGACAGAUGGAAGAGCUAAAGGAGAGUUACCAGGAGAGGCUGGAGAACACUUUUGACAUGUACAAGGACGCUAUCAAAGAGCACGCUUACCAGUGUGCAAUGAACCGUGUGGAGGACGAUUAUGUGCCUGUUGAAGAGUUCAUUGCUGAGCAGGAGAAUGCAGAGGCCCUCAGACGUGAGCUUUCAGAGUUGAAGAGUCUUGUGUCUACCGCCAGAAGGGCUCCAGUGCUGGACCAGUCAUGCCAGACGCAGAGCAGCACAGACACAGCAGGUGAUGAUAGAUGGAAGCGGCUCUACAAAGAAAAAUGUGCAAUUGAGAAAAUGUGUGAGGACAAACAACAGUUGAUUUUGGCCCUGGAGCAAAGGCUGCUAGAUCUGAAUGAAACUCAUCACACACUCAAAGAUGACUUCCUACAGAAAUGCGCUGAUCUGGAGGCUCUGCAGAGGAAGGCUGAGACAAAUUCCAUACAUGACCUUCUAAGGGAGAAUGCAGACAAGGACAAUGAAAUUGCCUCCCUGAAGGCCGAAUGCUGCAAGCUAUCCCAGAAGUCCAGUGUGCCACCCAAGACUAAACGAGGCCUGCUCAGCAACAUCAGAGAGUCGGUCACUUCUCCAGGGAAGAGUGCUAUUGGCCGGACACUUAGGAAGACAGUUAGGGCUACACCAUCAAAACAUAAGCUCAGUAGCUAGACCAGAGCAACAUUCCCAAGAUCAUCAAGGAGAGAAGUUCUUUUUUUUGUUUACUUUUUUUUUUUAUUAUUAAAAAACACAAAAAACUGGACAGUCUUAGGAUCCCUUCUGAAAACACCCUGAAACUUCUCUGGGCACUUUCAGAAUAACUUUGUUUCAAUGUGUUUCAUUUGUGUAUGUUUUUAAAAGGUUUUAAUAAAGUUUUUUUUUUUUUUUUU